GUUUCUGGGGCUAAAUAUAGGGAGAGAUCAGUUGAAAAAUGAUCAUAUGUUUGGAGGUAAAUUUGUCAGGAAAGCAGUGCUAGAAAGGAGAAUAUCAGGCGAAAAUAGGAUUGCAUGUUUCUUUUCUACCAGGAAUCUGAAAACCCGGUUUUUUAAACCGGGUUUAUUGAGUAUUCAGACGCUAGAGAAAUGUAUUGCUAGAUUGCGUACAAGACUUGAGAAUGAGGAGAAACGGAGAAGAUCAGAUGAAGGUUUUUGUAGAAAAUCAACGGAAAAUGAACAUGAGCUUUUAUAUAAGUUUAUUUGCAAACCGGAGCCCCAAUUACCUAUAGCUAUUGGAGAAAAUACUCUUAGUCCUGUCCUUGUUGAAAGAAUUAAGAUUGUACCGGGAGAGACCGUUUCUAGUUUGAAUUGGAGAGAGAAAUUAAGGGUUAUUUCAUGUAAUGGGGGAUUUGAGGGAUUGACUACAUUACAAGUGAAUAGAAUGAUAUACUCUAUACCUUCUAAGGAGCGAUCUUUUUUAGCGGAAGAUAUCUUUGAUAUGAUGAAGAAGGCGUCUAUUUAUCCUGAUAGAUUAACAUAUGAUUUUAUUAUGGAUGGUUAUGCCCAGGUGGGUGAUGUAAAAGGAGCUGUUAAGAUAUUUUCACAAAUGAAAGAAUACGGGUUUGCGCCUUCAGUAUAUUCAUAUGCGCAUUUAAUGAAAGCAUAUUCGAAGAUUGGUGAUAUUGAUAAUGUGUUGUUGCUAUUUAAAGAUAUGGAGAAAUAUCCAAUUAGUCCUAAUCUAGUAAUUUAUACUACAUUGAUUUCUUUAUGUGUUAAAAAUCAAUUAUUUGAAGAAGCAUGGAAAGUUUUUGAUUUACUCAAGUACCGAUCAAAGGAUGUUUUCCCAGAUGUUAAAACAUAUUCACUUAUGAUUCAUACAUGUGCAUUAACUGGCGAAGCAGAACGUGCCAGCGAAUUAUUUAGGGAAAUGUUAUCUCAUUCAGAGGGGUCUCUUACUCCAACUUUAGAAACAUAUAAUGCUUUAAUUUCUGCUUAUGCUUCACGAAAAGAUUAUUUUUAUGAAACAUGGAGAAUAGCAAAAACCUUAUUAGAUAAUAAUACUUCAAUGGACAAAAAAACAUUUAUUGCAUUGUUAAAGGGUUGUGGAAAAAUGGGCGAUUUAAAGAAAGCAAGAGUCCUGGUAAAACAUAUAUUUCAAAAAACUGAAAGUUUAGAGAAGGUAGACAUAUAUACAUUUCAAGGCCUGUUUAGAGCUUAUGCUAAUUAUAUUCCUGAAAAGAGAAUUCGGAAUUCAGCAAAUAAUUAUUCUGAUAAUAAAAUAGAAGAUAUUUUGUCUUUAAAAUUAGAUACGAAUAUAGAAAAUGAUACUAGAAACACUUUUUUUGAGGAUAUUUCAAAGUCCGUAUUUUUAAAAACUGAUUUGCAAACAUCAAAAGACGUUUUAGAUGAAUCUACUGCAUUAAUAAAAUAUAUACAGAAAAAUAAAUAUCCUUUUUUGGACGUUCAACUUAUGAAUUCAUAUCUUUCAGUGCUGAUUAAUCAUGGUUCAUAUUCUGUAUUUAAAAAUGUUUAUGAAAAUAUGUAUUAUUCUAUAGCUACAAAGGAACAAGAAAAAGAUUCUGAUUUAUAUUUAAACAAAUUUAAAAGAGGGUUAUAUACUUAUCAAUUGGGACUUGAGGCAGCUUAUAAGUUUAAUGAUAUAAAUUUUGCACAUUCUGUAUGGAAUGAAAGAAACCAUUGGAUAUUUUUAAUGAAAAAUCAGGAAAAGGAUCCUGAAGAAAUGAAUUUAAAAUUUAAUAGAUUACAUUUAACAGAAUUAGAUUUUAAUCUUUGUAGAUUGAUGAUUAAUAAUUUAGCUAAAAAUAAUUUAUUAGAAGAAGCUCAAUAUUUUUUAAUUUCAUAUCAAAAUAUGUUUUCAUGGAAAGCAAAUCAUUUAAAGUUAUUAUGGAACAAAGCUAAACAAAUGAAAAACGAAUCACUUAUGUCUUUAAUAUUGAGAACAACUAAACUAAGAUAGUGCUUUUUUAAUAUAUAUAAUUAUAAAAUAAUAAAUGA